GAUGUUCUUGACUGCGCAAUCUCGCGCCGUUUCCAAAAGAGAGUGCGGAAGCGUGAGAUGUACGACGCAACUUCUAUGUUUUUUGUUGAUGCAUGUCUGCGCUAGGUAGUUUACGUCGGUCCAUUUCGCUGAGACAUAACGUCUCCGAGUCGAGGUCGCUUUGCUAGAAACAGCACGUUCGCCAGCGUAAAGCACAAAAAAAAAAUUAUGUCGUCCCUGAGGACCUCGCCUACUGUGGCAGUGCAGCAAGCAUUUCGCAUUGUGCAGUACAAUGUGCGGCGUUUCCUUACCCCGGCCGGCGACUCGACGGUUUCCCAAAUCGCGUCGGCGCUCGCGCCUCUAAAGCCCGACAUCGUAUGCUUGAACGAGGUGGAUCUGCGCAAGGACCCGGACUGUUUGACCUCCUUGGCCAGCCAGCUGAGCACCCUGCAGGGGAAUAAAACGCAGUACGAGAUUUCCUUCUGGGGCCACGUGAAGGAGCUGUACGGAUAUCCCACAGAAAAAAGCUGGCAGGUCACAUUUGUAAUGCAAGAAUAAAUACACAAAGAAAUUGCGUAUCGUAAACAGCAUGCUAUGAGGCCGCCCAUGACAGAUUUUUCUGUGUAUUUAUGUUUGCAUUACAGAUAUGCCCUGCCAGCUUUUUUCUGUGGGAUAACGGGAACGCGGUGCUCACCGCGCGGGAGACCUUCGCUGUGACCAAAGUGGUGAAGCACCACGUGCCGGGCGGCAGCUGCUUCUCCUUCCCCGCAGGCACAAAAAAGCUGAACGGGGAAAUCGCGAAGGAGAACGAGUCGCACCGCAUUGCGCGCGGCUUGCUGGAAGUGUGGGUUUCUUUUCGUGAGGAAACAGCUCGUGGUCGACCACGACGAGAGGGGACAGCACGGCCGGGGGACGGAGAAUAUAGCAGCCCGGAACUACAUGAACUGCAGACCGAGCAGCAGAAAACUACAGCAACCGAAAAACCCAAUUCCCCUGCGCAUCCUGCGACGUCACUCUCUACUUCCAAUAAUCUUUUCCGGAUCUUCGCAACGCAUCUAGACCACAUCGCAGAGCAGGAACGGGAAACGCAGCUGCGAUUUGUUCGGGAGCAACUAGUUUCGCACGAGUCUCCCGCUAUUUUGGUGGGCGACCUCAAUGCGCUCACCAAGGCGGACUACAGUGAAGCGGAGUGGAGAACCCUGGAAGAGCGACACGCGGAAAAAGGCUGGGCGGCGCCGAGUUCCGGGUGCCUGGACAUCGUUCUAAAAGAACAACAACAAAGCACGACGGGGGAAGAAAGCGGGAGCCAGCACGCAUUAUUUCCGAAGCUGGUGGACACCUUCGCGGCGUACCACAGGUCUCAAAUCCAACACCCCCCGGCAGGAUCCGUGCAACAUGCCCACCAAGCAGAUCUGUCCACUCUGCCGGCAGCACAGAAAUUUUCGGCGCACGUCGGACACCCACUGUAUCGGAUCGACUACUGCUUGGCGAGCGAGGAUGUUUCAGCCGUGGUUGCUACUGCAGCGGAUGGCACAAAGAACGUCCUGCAAGAGAAAGCGGGUCUUGCGGUUCUAGAUGGGUGGAGGGUGGACAGGGCGGAAAUUCUUUCCAAUAUCCAACUGAGUGACCACUUUCCUGUUCUGACUGAAUUUGUGCGGGAUAGAGAACUUGUUUGGGAUGAUGUAGUGCAAUCUGUUGGAGCGUCAGACAAAAAAGAAAAACCAAGUGAGGAAUCAGGAAAUUUAGAAUUGCAGACGUCUAAAAUAUUUGCGUAU